AUGUCCCCCCCCCCGCCAUCACCCAAGUGCCUUCAGCUCAUGAGCAGCGCCGCUCUGGACUGGUCUGGACAGACCCGCCUGCUGGUUCUGGCUCUGCAGCAAGACUGGACCGGGCCUGCGGAGCGCAGUCAUGUGCGUCUGCAUGGGGCCGUGCCGGGAGACCCUGGGGGACACCUUCGGGUGCUGUGGACCGCGUCGAAGGCUGGGCAGGGGGUGACGGAGGCGUGGCCCGAGACCGCGGUGGAAAUGAGCCGGUUUCUCCUUGGCGGCUUGCCUGGCAAGAGCGCCGCUUUCGUCCUGAUCGGAUCACCCUCCGGGUCUCCGGUGGAGACCUCCCCCCGUCCGCCCGAGCCGCGGGGUCUCCAGGAUGCCCUCGCCCUCCCGUGCAGGGAGCAGAGCCGUGUGUGGACUCGAACUCGCGAGUACAGGAAUCGCCGGGCGCCUGUAGACGGGGAGAGAGAGAGAGGAGGGCUCUGGAACCCGAAUCGAAACCUAAAAGGCGCCGCCCGCCCUGCGAGCCGGUUCCGCAGCCUCGCCCGUCUGUGGGUCCGUGGAAGUCCUGUGUACGGCAGGGCAGUGCAGUCAGGGGGCAGAGAGCGCAGGGAGGCGAUCCGAACCGCUGCUUCUGCCUUGAAGAGCCGAGACGGCCUGGGCGGUCCGGCGUGCCGGGCGCCGGCGAGGAGGGACUGCAAGCCGCGGCCCCUAAACAAGCCUGGCCAGGACUUCACCUACGCCAAACACAACGUCCUGCAGCCGGAAUCGGGGGUCAUAGACCUCAUGACGCCCUGUCACGAAUAUAAGGCCUUUACCACAGCCGCAGGCCUGGACCGCCCGAGGCUGCAGGCCAAGUUCGCCAAAGAGGUCCUCAAGUUCGCCUGCGGGUGCCUGAACGUCCGAUCGAACGGCAUCAUCCACUUCGGAGUCGUGGACAGCAAAGACGACAACGACCACGUGCACGGGGAGAUAAUCGGGGUUCCUGUGAGGGAGAGAGACGUCUAUACCGACGCACUGGAUCACAUAGAAAAGUGCUUCCCAGACUCGGACUCGGAGUCUGCCAGGGAGUGCAUCCGCCCGCCACAGUUUGUAGAAGUCAUCGACAUGAGCGGCACAGAAAAGCUCUACGUCGUUGAAGUGGACAUUGUGCCCACCGCGAGCAUCGUGAAAGGCAAAGUUUACACUGUCUGCCUGCCUAAUUUUAAUGAAAAGGCCAAUAAAGUACAAAAGGAGAAGAGUACAAUCUAUCGGCGAGUAGGUGCCAAGACUGAACCGGUCAGUGACCUGAAUGACUUCUAUAGCCGUGUGAAAGACCGAGAUGCCCGAAGGGAGGAAGCCGAAGCCUCUUAUUUUCAGAACUGGCCAGACUUGUGUGAGGACUUGGGCAGAAAGCUGACUGUUUUGAUCACCAGUGGCAAAAAGUAUAUAGAAAAGGAAAAGUGGUACAUUCUUGUUACUAAUAAAUUUGAACCAGAGCAUUUGAGCCACAUUGAUUUCUUAUUGAACAUGAACAUUUUCUGUGUGUUCGAUUUUGACCCCGACUCGAAAAUAUCUGGAUUUUGUAGUAAAUACCAAGACCAUCAUGCAGUAAACCUUCAUUUCCUCCAGAACUACAAAAUGCAGAGCACCAUGAGCAUCAACGACUUCGUUCAGCACUUGCACUUGUUUGAACACACCAGCUGGAUAUUCUGCAAUGGCCGUAGUGAUUAUCGUGGAAAGGAGGUUCCCUGUGAGGAGCUGGCCUGGAUUAAAACCAGGAAGACGCUACUGAAAGAGGCGGUGUCCGUGAUCUGCAAACAGAUUUUGCCCAAGGGCUCCUUUCUGGUGAUCUUCCUCCUCAUGGCACCCAUCGAGCAGCCUCUCGUGCACACGUUCCACGAGUUCUUUGCCGAGAUGCAGGGCCACGAAGACAUUGUUUGCAUCUCGGAAUCGGAAGAAAACCAUUGCAAGUGGGCGGGCUUUGCUCAGGCGUCCUGCAGCGCGGAGACUGUGAACCGCGCAAGCGUCGUCGGGAUGAAAAUGAGUCACGUGAACGCAACCAUCCAGCGCAUCCAGCCCAUCACAGCCCGGGCUACCAAGCACCUGUCGGUCUACAGCAAGGGUCUCUGCUUGCUAGAAACGGUCGAGGAAGAGAGGAUGUCGUCCUUGGAGGUCCUGAGUAUUGAGCAGUGUGAAGAGACCAGCACCUACUUUGUUGACCUCGAGAAAGACAACAUCGAACGCCAUUUUUACCAUGGGGGAAAGGUGACGUGGUUGAAUUUUUGGCUGGCAGAAAAGAAAUUCGUUGGGGAAGUUAUUCAGAGGGAAGCAUACAGGGAGGUCACCAAAUUUAUUGAUGAUAGUUUGAAACGCAGCGCAUACCAGAUGCCUGUAAACAUUAUAAAUAUAUACCAUCAUCCUGGCAGCGGGGGCAGUACAGUGGCAAGACAGAUCCUCUGGAACUACAGAAAGGACCUCCGAUGUGCAGUGGUAAAGCCUUCAUUCUCUGCAGCCACCGUGAGCGAGCACGCAGUCAAACUGCGGGAAUACGAGGAAAGGGACGUGCAGAGGUGUCUCCCUGUGCUCCUGCUGGUGGAAGACUGUGACGAAGACUACAUUGACGACCUGCGGAGCGAGCUCAACGUUGCCGUGAACACCAAGAAGAUCAACCAAGGAGCUCUCUGCUUCAUCCUGCUGAGCUGCAGGCGGUCCCAUAACCCAGAAAAAAUGUGCAAGGAAUCGCCUUUGCAGAACGUUUCCGUGACUCACAAGCUGACACCGGAGGAGAAGAGAAUGUUUGCAGGGAAAAGGAAGAAGCUGGAAGAGCAGUACCAGCCAGAAUUCAUCUUGACUUUCGUGCUGAUGAGCGAAGAAUUUGAGACCCAGUACGUACAAGACUUUGUGAAACAUAUUUUACAAGAUAUUGACCUUUCAUCUCCAGCCACCCGCCUCAUGCACUACGUGGCCUUGCUCAACUCCUAUGUACAGAACUCCUACAUCUCACAGUCCCAUUGCGAAGCCUUGUUGGCCAUCACCAUCCAUAUGAAUCGAUUCCGCCAGAACACCUUUGAAAGAUCACUAAGCGAACAGGCCAAGCUGGUGUUCCUACACCUGAGAGACGAGAAGACCCACAUUGAAUCAAUUCGUAUAAUUCAUCCCUUAGUUGCGCAGGAAAUCCUCCAACAACUCUCGGGCAGCCAGCAGCAGAGCAGCAUCGCCAUGGAUCUCCUGCGAGAAGACGUGCUUUUCGAGCACAGGUUUGGGAGAGAAGAGUUCGUGAGGUAUGUGCGGGAUUUAUUUAUGAGACGCUGCCGAGUGAUUCAGGGGGACAAAUCAGACAGUUUCUUCUCUCCUCUCAUUGAGCACGUGACGCAGACAGAAAGCCCAGAGCGGGCUAUUGAGCUUUUCAAAGCGGCCUAUAUACGUUUCAAGAAAGACGCCUUUUUUGCUCAGCAGCUUGCAAGACUAAAUUACUUCCACGAAAAGUUCGAAGAAGCAAGAUGUUGGGCAGAAACUGCAGCUAAAGAAAUGCCCAAUAAUUCCUUUAUUCUGGACACAAAAGGUCAGGUGUUCAGGAAGUGGUUCAUGGCUAAAUGUAAGUCACUGGACAAACAGACUAAAACGCCUGAAAAGACAGCAGAUGCAAUUGAAACAGCACUUACAGCCAUGGAGUGUUUCAGAGCCUGUCAGAAAGCAGCAAAACUAGAUAACAGUAUCAUGAAUAAUUCAGGGUUUUUCUCAGAAGUGGAAGUUGGAUGUCAUUUGUUAAAGCUCAUUACUUCCUUGAAACCUUUUUCAAACAAAGUUAUCGGCCGCUCAGAAUUUCUGAGGUAUCUGCUCACGGAUUAUAUUCCUGAAGAAGUACGAAAGCCCUGGGAGAAUUUCCACAGCGAUCUGAAAACUGUUCAGAAGACCAUGUAUGAAGCUCUGGAAUGGAUAUCUGAGGACCUGAGUUACUUUCAGACGGACACAAACACAGAAGAGGAGGAAACCAGCAGCACAGAUUUUAAGAUAAACAAUCCCAAGAACUGGCUGGUCAAUAAGUCCUCAGUGUACGGACAGUAUUUCAGCGAAGAUUCCAUCUGGUCAGCUAAACAAACCUGCGGCUCAAGCCUGGACAAUUUAACCCCUUUCAUGAAACGCAUGCACAUUUACUGCCUUGGGGGUGGAAAUAUUACUACCAUUUUUUCCCUGCUGACUGAGCAGAAAGAUAAGGCCCCAGUCAAGGUGCUGCAAGACAUUAUAUCCAUGUACCCUAAUGAUCCCCAGAAGGCCAGACUGGAUCAGAUGGAUCUUGUCAAUUACAUUGCCUCUCAGAUUUCACUAGGCUGCCUCUCGGCUCGCUCUCCCGGACUGGCAUCUCUUCCUGAGCUGCAGGAGCUCAGCCAACAGUUUCCAAAGGAGGAAAGCAGAUGUCGACCGAGUGCCUUGUUCUUACGAACCCUGCUCUUCUGGCCUGAAGAGCAAGACAGCGAGCACAACAAAGAAAUGAAAUACGAGAUCAUCAUGUCAGCCAUUGAAUUUCUCAAAAGAAGCUACCGGGUCAAAAUGAAAGACGUCCCUCGAAGGAAGAGGAGGAUCUUCACCCACUUCUUCCUGGGCAAUGGCAGUGGGUGGGACAGGAUUGUGCACAAGAGCAAGGUGGAGGCGCACACAAAGCUCUUCUCAGUGGACGAGAAGAGGAUGAAGUGGUUCCGCGGGGAGGUGUGGAAGAUGCCAGAGAUCACGAGGCUCCUGAAACCCGUCCAUGGGUGGACAGAAGACGGGACCGUUUUUCUUCAUGGCCCGAAGAAGCGAAAGCUCAUGAUCCAUGCUCUGAAUUCGGCUUCGGUGCCUUACGGCAAUGAAAACGUCACUUUCUAUUUGGGGUUUUCCUUUCAAGGGCUGGUGGCUUACAAUGUCACUGUUACUGGGGAAAAGAUACCUGAUUUAAAAUGUGCAUGAAACAAGGAAGCACCUGUGUGGGAAUGUUCACUUACAGAACACAGCUACGCUGCAGCUAUUCCUAUUAAAGCACAUACGUGUCUGACAUAAGGCACUCAAACCUGAACAUCAAUGAUGGAAAAGAUCCAAAUCCUUUCUAAUUUUGGUAUUGUGUUCUUCUAAGCUGGGCCAUUUCCAUGCUUUUAAGACAUAAAUCGAAGUUCUUGUCUACUGAGGCAAGAUGAAAUGUCCAAGGAUGGAGAGAACAAACUUGUGACUUAAACCAGUUUCAGUCAAAGCAGGAUUGAUGCAGCUGCCUGCGGAGAUCCUGUCUGGCACAAAGACUCCAGCGCUAUG